AUGCUACAUCUCAAAGUCCAGUUUUUGGAUGACUCUCAGAAGAUCUUUGUGGUCGAUCAAAAGUCCUCUGGGAAAACAUUAUUUAACCUGAGCUGCCACCACUUGAACCUGGCAGAAAAGGAAUAUUUUGGACUGGAGUUCUGGAGCCCUGCGGGGCAUGCUGCCUGGCUGGAACUUCUCAAGCCCAUCUCCAAGCAGAUUAAAAAUCCUAAGGACAUUCUUUUCAAAUUUAUGGUGAAAUUUUUCCCAGUGGAUCCGGGUCAUCUGAAAGAAGAGUUGACGAGGUACCUGUUCACCCUUCAGAUCAAGAAGGACCUGGCCGGCGGGAAGCUCCCUUGCAGCAGCAACAGCGCAGCUCUGAUGGUGUCGCAUCUCCUCCAAUCUGCGCUGGGCGAUUUCCACGAAGAAAUGGACGGAAAGCAUUUGGAAACACACAAAUACUUGCUGAACCAAGAGGAUCUGAGGAACAGCAUCAUGUGCUACCAUAAGAAGCACAUGGGCAAAACUCCUGCUGAAUCCGAUGUGCAGCUCCUGGACAUAGCAAGGAAGCUGGAGAUGUACGGCAUCUGCCCCCACCCUGCGAGUGACGGGGAAGGGACCCAGAUCAACUUGGCGGUCACCCACAUGGGAGUCCUGGUGCUGCGGGGCAACACCAAGAUUAAUACCUUCAACUGGUCCAAAAUACGGAAACUGAGUUUCAAACGGAAGCAUUUCUUGAUCAAGCUCCACGCCAACAUUUCGGCUCUCUGCAAGGAUACCCUGGAGUUCACCAUGGCGAGUCGCGACACCUGUAAGGCUUUUUGGAAGACGUGCGUCGAGUAUCAUGCCUUCUUCCGUCUCUCCACCGAGCCAAAGUCAAAACCCAAAGCUUUUCUCUGCAGCAAAGGCUCCAGUUUCCGUUACAGUGGGAGAACUCAGAGGCAGCUGCUGGAACAUGGGACCAAAGGGAAGCAGAAGAGUCUGCCGUUCGAGAGGAAACACUAUUCUUCUCGCUACCAUGACAGGCAAUGCCGGUCAUCCCCGGAUCUGCUGACGGAUGUUUCCAAACAAAUGGAAGACCUGCGGCUUGUCUAUGGCACCAUGGGGGGCUACUACGGCGCAAAUGGCAUCCACACUUCUGAACCCACACUAGACAACCGACGGAGAAACUCGGCAGUGGAAGUCAUCUUUGCCGAUGAACUUCAGCGGUCGAAACCAGAAGCAGACCCAACGUUGCUGCUGCUCCAUUCCCAAAGCAGCUCUGCCUUCCCAGUUGUCUACACGGAGCUCGACCACGAUUGGGAACCAGCCAGCCUCUACGGGCCAAGAAGCCCCCUGACCUCUUUCCAGCCCAGCUCCAAGUUUGAUGGCACCAGCAAGAGCCCCUCUCUGAGCAAUGUGAGAGACAGGAGUCCAAGGCAGCAGCUGACGUACACCGAUGUCCCCUACAUGGCAGUGUCCAGUCAGCCAUUGGAGGUGGCUUCUCCUCCAGUUUUCUUCUACGUGGACCGGCCACCUCAGUAUCCCAAAAGCCCGACCAUGGACCGUACUGAGGAAAGAGUUCUGGAGGGCAGCACCUGUGAGGCACCCGUGAAGCCACAAAGGAACCCAGGCGCAGCCCACUCCAAGCUGAUGGAGCCCCCAGCCAUGGCCCAGGCCACCUACGUGACCCACCUUAGCAUGGAGGAAGAGGAUGACGAGAGCGUCUUUGACUACGGUGUUCAGGAGGUCCCCAAAAGAUCUUGGAGCCAAUCGGACGUCAAAGCCACCAGAUUCCCUUGUGGCUCAGAGUUCCGCCCUCUCGGGCCUUGCCCUGUCUUGACCAGCAGAAAGAUUGACCUCUUGCAGUGCGUGCUCGCCCAGCCGCCCUUCCCAGAACCUCCCCAAGUCCAGCGAACCACAGAGCACUAUGUGGGCAGUGGGACCGACUCCAGUGACUCCGAUUCAGACCUCCUCCCGGACUACUAUGCCCUCUAUGGGCGGGUUCUCAGAAGACCCUGGGUGCGAAUUCACCUCUCUUCAGGGAGCCUCCAGCUGGAGGGAGAGGAGGCCCUGGUUCCUGCCACCGUUGAUGAUCCUGAGAGCGGUGCCUCCAAUUAUUUUAUGUAGGCAGCA